AUGUAUUAUGGACUUGUGUUCCUGGUGUUAUUUGCUCUGACCAUAGGCGAAAUCAAAGCCUUUCCCAAAAACUUGAAAGAGAGCCGCGUCCCCAGAGUGAGAGUCAAACGAAGGUUCACCGAGAAAAAUGCAAUGGAUUACCUACGUGACUUUGACUAUUUGCCACGAUGGAUGGAAAUCGGCUAUGGGGCACCCGAUGGGAACAAGUCCAAAGUGAAGGUGACAGAGGCGAUCAAAUUGCAAACAUUUGGGUACUUCCAACAGCGAGCCGCCCUGCCACAGACGGGCCAACUCGAUGCUGAGACAAUGACAGAGAUGAGUCGAUCACGGUGUGGAAAUCCCGACCCCCGCGAUCCGUCCAAGACUCUCAACGCACUUGGAAGAACCGUCGCUAAAUGGGAUAGAUCCGAAGUGACCUACUCGAUUCUAAAUUCCACGGAUGAUCUCCCUAGAGCAACCAUCAAAAAAGCAAUCGGUGACGCCUUUCAACUCUGGUCUAACGUGAUCCCUCUCAAUUUCCGCGAGGUCGACGAAAAUGGGGAUAUUAAGUUCAGCUUCAAGGUUCGUUCUCAUGGCGAUGGGAAUCCGUUCGAUGGCAGAGGGAAUGUUUUGGCUCAUGCUUCCCACCCCGCGAAGGAGCCCCUCUCGGCUUACACUCAUUUCGACGAUGAUGAAUGGUGGACAAACAAGGAUGGAGAAGAGAUAGAAAAGGGGAACACGGACUUCUUCCACACAGCCAUCCACGAGAUCGGUCACAAUUUGGGAUUGGAUCAUCUCAACGAAAAGAAAUCAAUCAUGCACGAGAUUACCAAACCAGACAACUUAGUCGAUCGCUACGGACGCUACAUUGAGCCACGACUGCAUCAUGCGGAUAUUGAAGCCGUCCAGAAGAUCUACGGAAAUCGUACAAGAGCCACCGUCACCGUUACCGGCACACUCAAUCCCGAGAAUGGCACCAAAACCGUGACUUGUCCGACAAGAGUUGAUGCAGUGUUUGCAGACGCUGGUAUAACUUUCAUCUUCAUGGGAAAUGAAACGUUCGAGAUCAACGCGAAACGCAAAAUCCUAAAGAAAAUCCCGAUCCCAUCCCUCUUCCCGGAUGGGCCAAAGGUGAAUUUCACGGUGGUGCUCGAUCAUAUCACCAAAAAAUUACUUGUUUUUGAGCACGGAGGCGACAUUCACGCGUACUACUAUUCGCGACUUUUUCACGGAUACCGCAAAGCGUACACAAUCUCGUCUCCAUUUUGGCGUCCACUUUCGGGGGCUUUCUCUCUGAACAGCGGCGCCACUUUCUUGCUCGAUACAGACCGACAGGUUGCUGUUUAUAGUGUGUUAAUCGGCUCAUCGAGUCCGUUCAUGCCCGUUCACAGCAAUUUUCCGACCAACGUUCGGGGUUCGAUUCGAGCCACCGACGACGACUCAAAGCACUUUCUCUUCACACCAACUCGUGUCUACCUCUACAAUGGAAAACAAGAAGUCGUGGAAAAGGAGUGGGCUCUCGAUGAAUGGCUCAGUUGUAAA